AUGCGCGUCACAGCUCUCCCGCUCUUCCUUUACUCCCUGUCCCUCGUGGCUGUGGUAGCAGGUCAAAGUGCACAAGUCACAGACACGGAGUUGUCAGAUAUCACGGACGCUCUGCCCACGCCCACCGAAACAUCAGCGACGGAGACGGAGAGUGAUUCAUCGACCACCGAAACUGAAGACCCUACUUCGACGUCCACAGACGAGGAGCCGACAUCGACCCCAGCUCCAACGUCCACAGACGAAGACACUUCCACCACUACGACGGAAGACCCUACGCAGACAACGGAUGAGCCAACUUCAACCGGUGAUGACAACACAACUACCGACCCAACUACCACUACAACUAGCACGUCCGACGAUAGCGAGCCAUCGACAACCAAACCUCCUACUGUGAGCACCAUCACAACGACACAGACCAUUGAUGGAACCCCGGUUCCUACUACAUUUACUAGCACUGAUGCCAGUGAAGCUACCGAGUCUCCUGGCUUGAGCGGAUCUUCUUCUGACAAUUCUGACUCUGGUCUUGACUCAAACCAGAAAAAGAUCAUCAUUGGUGUUGUCGUAGGUGUCGGUGGUGCUAUCUUGAUCGGUGCCAUCGGUGUUGUUGUCUGGAGAAUCCGCGCCCGGAGACGUGCUGCUGGAGAGGACGACGCUACCGAUCUUAUGAGUGGCACUGCUGUCGGCACUGGUGUCCGUGAAAAGGCCCCCAGCCCUGCGGCUGGUGGCACUCCAUUCAGGUCCACGCUUGACCAGUACCACAACCCCGGCCCCGUUAACGCUGCGUCAAACUUCUAA